AUGGACAGCGCAAGCGAAUGGGCAAAAAGCAACAAAGAGAAAGCGGCAUUAUUCGCGAACUAUUUAAAAACUGUUUUUUCUACUGCUGGUAACCAAACCGACCAAGAAGCUAACGACGCACUCAUGAUAGAUAACCCUUUAGUAACACGUAUGGCUGAUUCUGCUGUUAGUGUACAGGUGGCUUUAAGGAUAAGGCCUUUAGUCAAAUCCGAAAUUUCUAAAGGAUAUGUUAAAUGCCUCGAAACAGUGCCAAAUAAACCUCAAGUUUUAAUAAAAAAUCUUUCUUUUACUUACAACCAUGUAUUUCCACCAGAAGUUUCGCAAGCUGAAUUUUAUGACACUGCUGUUAAGGGUUUAGUUGAUGGAUUGUUUAAGGGCUACAAUGUGACAAUAUUAGCUUAUGGUCAGACUGGCUCCGGAAAAACUCAUUCCAUGGGCAUGGCUUAUUCAGUUGGACCAGUCGAGGAGAUGGGUGUUAUACCAAGAGCAGUAUCAUUUAUGGAAUUAUAUCAAGAACAAUUAUUUGAUCUUUUAUCAAAAUCAAAUAGAGAUCAAAGUAUAGUUGAUAUCAGAGAAGAUCAACAAAAAAGAAUUGUAAUUCCUGGAUUACCCGAAAUUGAAGUACGUAAUGCAAAAGAUACAUUAGAUUGUUUAGUUAGAGGAUAUCGUCGCAGAGCUGUAGGUGCAACUGCAAUGAACAGUCAUCCAGUAGAAGUCAUGCAAUAUUCACUAUCCAUAUACAACAGCGAAAAAUCAGCGAUAAAAAAUCAAGAUCAACAAGAUAACCAUUUAUCUCAGCAGACAGGCUGA